AUGUUCGUCCACCCACCCUAUGUCAUUGCCAAAACCUCUGUCAUUGCUCACCAUCUCUGUCCGUCCUUUCAACCUCUGUCAUUGCCUACCAUCUCUGUCCAUCCAUCCAAUCUCUGUCAUUACCCACAACUUCUGUCCGUCCAACCAAUCUCUGUCAUUGUCUACAAUCUAUGUCAUUGCCUACUAUCUUUUUCCGUCCGUCCAACCUAUGUCAUUGCCUACAAUCUAUGUCAUUGCUCACCAUCUAUGUCCGUCAAUCCAAUCUCUAUCAUUGCCGCAACCUAUGUCAUUGCCUACAACCUCUGUCCGUCCACCCAAUCUCUGUCUGCUCCUUCAAUCAUUGUCUAA